UCCAAAUUCUCCAUGGCUUCUUCCUCUCAUCUCCUUCUCAUUGCCCUCCUUCUUCCUCCUCUCGCCUCCUUCUCCAACGCCGGCAAGAUCGCCGUCUACUGGGGCCAGAAUGGCAACGAGGGCACCUUGGCGGAGGCAUGCAACACCGAUCUCUACGGAUACGUCAUUCUCGCCUUCCUGACCACCUUCGGCAACGGCCAAACCCCCGUCCUCAACCUCGCCGGCCACUGCGACCCUCCUUCCGGCACUUGCAGAGGUCUCAGCUCCGAUAUCCUCCAGUGCCGGUCCAAAGGUAUCAAGGUGCUGUUGUCGCUCGGCGGAGCCAUCGGAAGCUACUCGCUCUCCUCCUCAGACGACGCGAAGACCGUAGCGAGGUACCUGUGGGACCACUACCUCGGCGGGUCGUCGAGCUCCCGGCCGCUGGGCGACGCGGCGCUCGACGGCAUCGACUUCGACAUCGAGCAUGGCUCGCCGAACCACUACGGGGAGCUGGCGCAGUCGCUCGUCGACCUGGGCAAGCAGGCGGGCACCAAAGUGUACCUGUCGGCGGCACCGCAGUGCCCGUUCCCGGACCAGCUGCUGGGGCCCGCGCUGCGGGCCGUGACCUUUGACUACGUGUGGGUGCAAUUCUACAACAACCCGAGCUGCGACUACAGCUCGGGGGUCAGCGGGGUCGCCAGAGCGUGGAGCACGUGGACUUCCAGCUUGCAGUCGUCGACGGUGUUCCUGGGGCUGCCCGCGUCGAGGGAUUCUGCCGGGAGCGGCUACAUCCCUCCGGACGACCUCAAGUCGAAUGUGCUGCCGGUGAUCAAGCAAGCGUCCAACUACGGCGGCAUCAUGCUGUGGAAUAGGUUCUCGGACCGUCUCAAUGGAUACAGCAUCGCCGUCAACGGCAGCGUCUUGAUUGUGAGAGAAGAAUAAGGGGGUGUUUGGUUGAUGGGUUUGGGAAUGAGGGAAUGGAAUGAUAGUAAAAGAUGGUGUUUGGAUUGUGGGUUUGGGAAUGAUAAUUUGGGAAUGAUUUCUAGAUUUAUGGGAAUCAACCAAACCCAUAUAACUAGUGGGUUUCAUUUAUGGGAAUGAUUUCUAAAUUUAUGAAUAAAGCGAGUGACUGGUAUUAAAUUAUG